AUGGAACAGUGGCAGAGAAACCGAGAAAAACGAGUUCGUAGUGCCGUCGCUGCUUUUUUGCCGUUUCUCGACGGUUUCGUUGGUUUUUGGAUCCAAACAUGGGAGCGGUGGAGAAGGGAUUGGUCCACGAAACCCUUCGACGUCCUGAAAACUGCAGAAAAGGUCGUCUGCGCCGUGCCGGCGCUGCAUCGUCAUGCAUUUCAAAUCCAAGGCGAUUGCGUCCCGGAGGAACGACACAUGGCAGAUCCGGCGGUUCUCAAACAAAUCAAGGUUCAAACCGGUGUGGUUAAGCGACUAGUGAAGGAACACGCUUCUUAUAUCAAAGAAGUCGAGAAGGAGACGCAGAAAAUUGAGAAGAUGAAGGCUGAAGCGCAGAAUGAAGAUGACCAUUAUGCAAUAAAAAAAGCGGAUGAAGUGCUUAAGGAAACUCGCAGCAUGAUUGGAGACAGUGCUAGACGUUGUGUGACGGCUACGGCAGCUCUUAGAAAACUUGUCGACGAAUGUGCUCUGGAGGAAUGUCAGGAGCUUAAUGAUGCUAGAGCACAGAUCGAAGCCGGUUCCGCUGUCACUAUUGCGUAA